AUGGCAAGUACUACAGGUACGAAAGUUGCAGUGGUGGGGCCUAAUGGGACAUUGGGACAAGUAGUCGUCAAAGAAUUGCUCAAACUUGGGUAUUCGAUAACAUUGGUGACCCGGGACGCAUCGAAAACAAGGCAAGGGUUCACCUCAAAUGACCAGAUCACCAUUGUCGAGGUUGACUUCUCCUCGACCGAAGGUCUCACGGAAGCAUUGAGAGAUCAUCAAAGCGUCGUCAGCCUCAUCAACCGUGACCAGCCAGAUGCACAGAUAAAGGUGAUUGAUGCAGCACUUGAAGCAGGUGUUGAGCAAAUUAUCCCUUCCUGCUUUGGACUGGACACGAGGGUCCCAGAAGUUCAUGGCAACCCUUCUGUGGCAACGAAGGCCAAGAUGGAAGAUUACCUAUUCUCGAAGAUCCCAAGCUCGGACACGAAGACGACUUACACUGCCAUCAUGACUGGCCUGUUUCUGGACUGGGCAUUGGGCAUUGGCAUGAUAGUUAAUGCGGUCGGAAAGGGUGAUAAGCCGACAAUGUUCUUUGACGAUGGUGAGGCAAAACUCAGUAUGACGCACCGAGAAGACAUUGGGAAAGCAGUUGCAAGUGCCGUUGAACAUCGCAACGAUGAUCGAUUCAAAAAUAAGAGGUUGCUGAUCCACACUAUCGCUGCGACACAGAACGAAUUCAUUGCAUAUGCCAAAGAAUUGGCACCCGAGAAACCAUGGCCGAUGUUCAAAAUCGACACCGCCGAAGCCGCUAGGAAAAGCCAGGAGGCCCUGGAUAAAGGUGACACAUCGGCCGAUGCUGUCAGAGGGUUUCUCAUGAAGAUGAGCUUUGGUGACCGACUCGGAUUCUUUUCUGAAGUUGACAAUGACCUCUUGGGCGUCAAGGAACAAGAUGGUGCCUAUCUCAAAAAGCUGCUCUCAGGGUUUUUGCAAGGACAAUGA